GACCUCAACCUGUGCUUGAGUGAUGAUUUCUUUCUUAACAUAAAGGAAAAGUUGAAAGAAACCAUUGAAACAUUGGAGGUGUUGGAAAAGCAAAUUGGUCGCCUUGGCUUAAAGGAGCAUUUUAUUUCGACCAAACAAGAAACUAGAACACCUUCAACUUCUUUGGUUGAUGAUUCUGGUAUCUUUGGAAGGCAGAAUGAAAUAGAGAAUUUGAUUGGCCGUUUGUUGUCUAUGGAUACAAAGGGAAAAAAUCUGGCUGCAGUUCCUAUUGUUGGAAUGGGCGGCUUGGGUAAGACAACACUUGCUAAAGCCGCUUACAAUGAUGAGAGAGUGCAGCCAAGUGCAAAGGACAUCCUAUGGGACAUCCGGAACUUGAAGAGGUCGGAAGACAAAUUGCAGCCAAGUGCAAAGGACUGCCCUUAGCUCUUAAGACGCUCGCUGGCAUGUUACGCCCCAAAUCAGAGAUUGAUGAGUGGAAAUGUAUUUUGAGAAGUGAAAUAUGGGAGCUGCGAGACAAUGACAUAUUACCAGCGUUAAUGUUGAGCUACAAUGAUCUUCCCGCACAUUUAAAGCGAUGCUUUUCUUUUUGUGCAAUAUUUCCUAAAGAUUAUCCAUUUAGGAAAGAACAAGUUAUUCAUCUAUGGAUUGCCAAUGGUCUCGUACCAGUGAAAGAUGAAAUAAAUCAAGAUUUAGGCAACCAAUACUUUCUAGAGUUGAGAUCAAGAUCAUUAUUUGAAAAGGUCCCAAAUCCUUCUAAAAGGAACAUAGAGGAAUUAUUCCUAAUGCAUGACCUUGUCAACGAUUUAGCCCAAAUUGCAUCUUCAAAACUUUGUAUCAGGUUGGAAGAGAGAAAAGGAUCUUUUAUGUUGGAAAAAAGUUGGCACGUAUCUUAUUCAAUGGGAAGAGAUGGUGAGUUUGAGAAAUUGACACCCCUCUACAAAUUGGAGCAGCUGAGGACAUUGCUUCCGAUACGUAUUGAAUUCAGAUCGCACUAUCUAAGCAAGAGGGUGUUGCAUAACAUACUGCCUACACUAAGAUCCUUGAGGGUACUAUCAUUGUCUCAUUACAAGAAUAAGGAGUUGCCAAAUGACUUGUUUAUCAAAUUAAAGCUCCUCAGAUUUUUGGACCUUUCUGAGACAUGGAUUAAAAAGUUGCCAGAUUCCAUAUGUGGAUUGUAUAACUUAGAGACACUUCUCCUGUCAUCUUGUUGUUCUCUUAAGGAGCUACCGCUGCAUAUGGAGAAGUUGAUUAACUUGCGUCAUCUUGACAUAAGCAACACUUGGCGCUUGAAGAUGCCACUACAUCUGAGCAGGUUGAAAAGCCUCCAAGUGUUGGUGGGAGCCAAGUUUCUUGUAGGUGGUUGGAGAAUGGAAUAUUUGGGUGAAGCACAAAACUUAUAUGGAUCUCUAUCAGUUGUAAAGUUGGAAAAUGUGGUUGAUAGAAGGGAAGCUGUGAAGGCAAAGAUGAGGGAGAAGAAUCAUGUUGAGCAAUUAUCAUUGGAGUGGAGUAAAAGUAGUAUUGCCGACAAUUCACAAACAGAAAGAGACAUACUUGAUGAGCUACACCCACAUAAAAACAUAAAAGAAGUUGUAAUCAGUGGAUAUAGAGGGACAAACUUUCCCAAUUGGGUAGCUGAUCCUUUGUUUGUUAAGCUGGUGAAAUUGUCUCUUAGCUACUGCAAGGACUGUUACUCCUUGCCAGCACUAGGACAACUCCCUUGUUUGAAAUUCCUUUCUGUUAAAGGGAUGCAUGGAAUAAGAGUGGUGACGGAAGAAUUCUAUGGCAGAUUGUCGUCCAAAAAGCCUUUUAACUGUCUUGAGAAGCUUAAAUUUGAAGAUAUGACGGAGUGGAAGCAAUGGCACGCACUAGGAAUUGGAGAGUUCCCUACACUUGAGAAACUUUCAAUUAAAAAUUGCCCUGAGCUCAGUUUGGAGAGACCCAUCCAAUUUUCAAGUUUAAAAAGGUUAGAAGUUGUUGGUUGUCCAGUUGUUUUUGAUGAUGCUCAACUGUUUAGAUUCCAACUUGAAGCAAUGAAGCAGAUUGAAGCAUUAAAUAUCAGUGAUUGUAACUCUGUUACCUCCUUUCCUUUUAGCAUACUGCCCACUACCUUGAAGAGAAUACAGAUAUCUGGUUGCCCAAAAUUGAAAUUUGAGGUACCAGUUUGUGAGAUGUUUGUGGAGUAUUUGGGUGUGAGUAAUUGUGAUUGUGUAGAUGAUAUGUCACCUGAGUUUAUCCCAACAGCACGUAAAUUGAGUAUUGAGAGUUGCCACAACGUUACUAGGUUUUUGAUUCCUACUGCCACUGAAACUCUCUGUAUUUUCAAUUGUGAGAAUGUUGAAAAACUAUCGGUGGCAUGUGGAGGAGCUGCCCAGCUGACGUCACUGAAUAUUUCGGCGUGUGAGAAGCUCAAGUGUCUGCCAGAAAAUAUGCUGGAACUCCUUCCAUCUCUCAAGGAACUGCGACUGACUAAUUGUCCAGAAAUAGAAGGAGAAUUGCCCUUCAAUUUACAAAAACUCUAUAUCAGAUAUUGCAAGAAACUGUUGAAUGGCCGAAAGGAGUGGCAUUUACAGAGACUCACAGAGUUAGUGAUCCAUCAUGAUGGGAGUGACGAAGAUAUUGAACAUUGGGAGUUGCCUUGUUCUAUUACAAGACUUGAGGUAUCCAAUCUGAUAACAUUAAGAAGCCAACAUCUCAAAAGCCUCACCUCUCUUCAAUAUCUACGUAUUGAUGGUAAUUUAUCUCAGAUUCAGUCACAAGGCCAGCUUUCCUCCUUUUCUCACCUCACUUCGCUUCAAACUCUACGAAUCCGUAAUCUCCAAUCACUUGCUGAAUCAGCACUGCCCUCCUCCCUCUCUCACCUGAACAUCUACAAUUGCCCUAAUCUCCAAUCACUUUCAGAAUCAGCACUGCCCUCCUCCCUCUCUCACCUGACCAUCUACAAUUGCCCUAAUCUCCAAUCACUUUCAGAAUCAGCACUGCCCUCCUCCCUCUCUAAACUAUGGAUUUUCAAAUGUCCAUUGCUCAGAUCACUACUAGAAUUUGUAAAGGGGGAAUACUGGCCACAAAUUGCUCAUAUCCCCACCAUACAGAUCGAUUGGGAAUAUAUUUAACAAUUAAAACAAAUGGCUCUCCAACUGAUCGACCAGACAACUACAUUUUGAUAGGUAAGGGCUAUAGAUAUACAUUUGCAGGGUGUUAAUCCAACGAAUGUGGAUUUUGAAGAGCGAGUACGACAAGUCUGGUACAUUAAUUGUCCGUAGGAAGUGUUUCUAAGUGAAUUUUCAGGUCUGUUGUUAUAGGCAAGUCUUUGAGAUGCGACUAUCAAAGAAGGGCGAUUACAAUCAGUGUACCGCUGAUACUAUUUCAUGUUUCUAGUGCAAGCUUCUUUUGUAAGUUGACAAACUCGAUUUCUAAAUAUGUUUGGGACUCAACUAGUGGUUAGAGUACUCAUUUUGUAAGAUUUGUGUACAGAAAAUUAAAUCAAAUUAGAAAGAUAACUCGCAAUGGUUGAAUAAGCUCGAAGAAGUGGAUUUGAAUUUUAAUCUAUGUGUGUGUGUGUGAGAAAUUUGAAGUGUUGUUUAGAUUUGUUGGAAUUGUCUAAAGAGUUUGUCUCUACAAAGUUUGAAGACAUUUGAUGGAGAUAUGACUAGAUGAUUUUGAACAACAAUUGCAACUGAAGAUGGAUAUGGAUAUUAUUUUCUUAGCAAUGUGUUAUAUAUUUUUUUAUUGGA